UUAAAGCGAAGAAGGGAAUCGGCUACCAUUAUCAUAAAAUACGGCUUUGUGUUCCCGUCCUAAAAACACAUCACUCACCUGGUAAUGCCAUCAUAUAGGAGAACAUUUGUUUAUCAAUAAAACCAUAUGUAGUUGACGUCGUAUUUUGAAGCUGAUAGCCGGGAAGCGAUCGGAUUAGUACAAUAUUUCAGUGAUAAACAGUUGCGUGUUUUAUUAACCAAAAUGCAAACGGAAACACCAGCUCCUGUUUUCAAAAAAUCUUCCUUAACGCAACAGCAACCAGGUGCCAAGAAACGUCUUUGGAAAUCAUUGAAACAAAUUUUGGCUACAGAAAGGCUUCUGCCUUGGCCUGAAGAUGCUAUUACAUAUUCGAGUAUAAAUCCACCACCGUCAUUCCGGCCUGCUAAAAAGUACUCCGACAUAUCCGGACUCAUUGCGUUCUACACGGACCCGCAGACAAAAUUGCAUUAUCAUAACGCCGAAGAAUUCGCAACAGUGAAGAGUCUGCCAAUGGACUUAACAGCCGGAUAUUUAGCGCUCAGAGGAGCUAGUAGCAUAGUUGGAUAAGAUCUCAUUUUCAUGUAAUAAAUGUAAGGACAAAAAAAGUGAAAAAUAUUUGUUUAAUUAA